AUGGCAAAAGCACACAUACUAGUUAUCGGAGCUACUGGGCCAUCGGGCUUAGAAUUCUGCAACGCCGCACUGUUGCAAGGGCACACAUUAACCCUUUAUGUGCGAAGCCCAGAAAAGCUUCCUAAUGAGAUACGCAACAGUGUAAAUGUCUCAGUUGUGAAAGGCACCCUGGAAGAUAUUGCUAGUUUCCAGCGCGCGGCAACUUCCGGCCCUACAGUCUUUGUCUCAUUUGCAGGACCCGUAUCAAAGUCAAAAGGAACGCCUGUGACCGAUGCUAUGAAACGCAUAUUUCCUAUUCUGGUGGAGAGUCACUACGACAGGGCAAUGGUUCUUGGCACAUGCUCAUAUCCUGCACCACAAGACAAAGGCGGUCUUAAGUGGAAAGCAUCGGUUGUUCUUAUCAAGAUCAUAGGCGGGUCUGCUUAUGACGAGUUCAGGGGCCUUGGUGAGUUUGUAGCAUCUCAAGAUGUCUCGCAACUCAAGUGUACUUUGUUCCGAGUGCCGUUUUUAACCAAUGGGCCCAAUGCACCUGUCACCGCUUCAUAUACAGGAACUGGAGACGAUGGGGUCAUGGUCAAUCCCUGGACCAGCGACAAGUCGCGGCAGAAAAGCUGCAAUGCUUGUGUCCGCAGCAAACGGCGCUGCGACAAGCGAACUCCGCAGUGCACUCGUUGCGCUGAGAGAGGCUUAUCUUGUCUUUACCACAAGAACCCCGCGGCAUCUGGUUCGGACAACUCUACCACACACGCUGUGGAUGUCGACUUCGGAGAUCUUAUCAUUGUACCUGAUGAGCCGUCCAUAAUUCCUGGCGCCGAGUUUGAAUUUGGCAGCCCCUCAGUACAUGGGCCUCCUCUGAUCCAAGAGCUGUUCCCUUCCAGUGCUGCAGACGCGGAGAACCCUCAGAUGCCACUCGUCGGCCCAACACCCUCAUUCGACCUGUCCUUUUUAAACUUCGACAACCUCACGGAUUACAUGACAGGCACACCCCAACCCUUUGACAUGCAGCCGUGGCACGGUCUAGCGAUCCAGGACCAGACUAGUAUGACCGCGAUAUCCAGGAUUUCCGGCUCGCCACUGCACGCUAAUUACCGGGUUUCCAUAGAUGAAGGUCGCGAUGUUUCUGAGGACUUCCAACCUUGGAGGCUCUACCAGUCCGAGUCCAAGAUCGGCCUCAUGACCAAGUCAAUUAAGGAGAUACCUGGUGUCUUUGUCCGAACUAAGGAGGCACCUUUCCUUCACCGUCACCUCUAUCGCCAAAACAUACCGCGCUCUAUAAUCACACUGUAUGCCGCAGUGUCUGCAUAUGCCGCUCACAACGACAGCAAUCGUGACUGGGCCCUGCGCGUCCUCUCCGAGGGAGUCGAUGAUCUCCUGGCUGUGCCCAAGGAAGCUGCACACAGUCGUCAUCACCACGAGACGACACAAUCGCACGAGUCGACGACCACUACGGCAGCGCAUGCUCAGGCUCAGGGCCCGGCUGAUGUGGGAACUGGCGCGACAAAUACAGUAUAUGAAAAACUAGCGAACACGCAGGCUCUCUGGAUGUACCAGGUUUUGAGGGUGUUCGAUGGGGAUAUCGGGCUCCGCUCCCAGGCAGAGCGGGAUAUGACUACCCUCGAAGCAUGGCUUCUCGAGCUCGAACAAUACAGAGACAACUUGGCAGAGAUGUGUCUCCUGGAAGAAGCCGAGGUGAGACAGAGGGCUCCCGCGUCGUGGGAGAGUUGGAUUUUCAAUGAGUCCCUCCGACGGACCAUCCUCAUGGGCUACUCAUUUAUCGCCUUCUAUGCGCUGCUCAAGUGGUCGGGUUGCAAGGACACCAACAUGCCUGACCCGGGACAUUUUGUACGCGUGCACCGAUGGACGGCAUCUGGCUCCCUCUGGAGAGCUGAUAGCAGUCCCACCUUCUUCCUCGCGUGGCAUCGACAACGGCAGACAUUUGUGCAGAACUUUUUCAUCGAGGAUUUUGCCAAGGUGGCUAAGCCUGUGGAUGUCGAUCCCCUCUCAUGGAUCAUGCUUGCUGCGUGA